AUGCGUACAUCACCCAACAUCAUCAUCACCGGCACCCCGGGGACGGGGAAGACGACACAUUGUGAGAGCCUGGCCGAGAAGAUCGGCGCGCGCCAUCUGUCUGUGAACCAGGUCGUCAAGGACCAGGAAUGCCAUGAGGGAUGGGAUGAUGAAUAUCAGAGCUGGAUAGUGGAUGAGGACAAGCUGUUGGACUCCAUCGAAAAGGAUGUCGAGGCAGGAGGCUGCAUCAUUGACUGGCAUGCAUGCGAUCUCUUCCCCAAGAGCUGGAUCGACCUCGUUGUCGUCCUGAGGGUUGACUCAACGAUUCUGUACGACCGACUGAAGGCACGGUAUGUCUAUGCUCUCUCUCUCACUCCUUUCAAAAGAAAGUACCCCGAGGUCAAGCUUCAAGAGAACCUUGACACAGAAAUCAUGGAGGUACUCCUACAAGAGGCAAGAGAUGCCUUUGACGAAGAGAUUGUCAUUGAGCUGCGCAGUGACACGACUGACGAUAUGGACUCCAACCUGGACCGCAUAGAGACUUGGGUGAACCAGUGGAAAAAGGAUAACGAGGCAUCAUGA